AUGCCUGCCAUUGUUCACCUGCAACCGCGUCUAAUAGGACAGUCUGGCGGAAACGGAGGCGUCACAGGAACUGCCAUUGCUCUCAUCGUCUGCGUCGGAAUCAUACCAUGCAUCAUUAUCAUCUGGGCCGUUUGCUUCCUGUUCUGGGCCUAUCCUUACGACCGAAACUGCUGCUGCAUGAAGCGAAAGCGUCGCCCAGAGCCAGCCAGCGUGCUGAAGCAGGCGCCGUUGAGCCAGGAAACUCUGUAUGAAAAGGAGAACAUGGGACUUCCGCAACGACCCUUUUCGGCCCAAGUAAGGAGUGAAUCGGGAAGCUCGAGCAACAGUGGGCGUCUGCACAAGGCGCCGAGGCCGGGCAGCGGAAUGGAUACAAGAGCAAGCGUGCAGAGCGUGGGCAGUGUCAACACGGUGCAGGUUACCCACGAGCCGAAGCCAUUUGUGUGAAGGAGCAAGCGCAGCGUAAUGUUUAAACAUGGCACGGGCACGCGGUUGCUGGACCAAGUUUAGAAGUCAGAAGAAGCACGGAUGGAGCGUUGACAGCGCCAGGGGCAGACGAUGGUGUGGCCUGGAGCUGAAUUUUCCAGGGCGGCACUGGGCAAUAUGACAUUCAGGAGUGUGACUGGAGCAUGCAUGGUCAGCAAGGCACCCAGUCAGUCCAAGGACCCGGCCCGGAUCAGGAUGAGGAUGAGGAUGGAUUGGGGCCAGUGGCAGUGUCAACAGCACCAGAGCAGAAGAGGACAAAGAUUCGCCGGGCGGUGGCGGAAGCGGCCACGGGAGAUGGGAGAGUCAAGAGGGGUGGGACUAACUGUACAUAGAUACAUAGAUUAAAUAUGUAGACAUGCAGGCGGGGCAUUGGCAUACGGGCAGGGCAGGGCAGGG